UGUAGGAAGAGGUUAGCCCUUACUGCUGCCGCUGGUGGUGGGAGAAGGCCGUCUGUCUGUGCAUCAGCGGAUGAGUGGGCUGGGGGAGAGCACAGGACGGGUUGCUGAGGAGCCUGCGGCUGGCGGCGGAGAUCUCCGGGCAGAAGGGAUGAGCGAGGAAUAUUACGGCAGUGCUGCGGACUGGGAGGAGCAGGACGGCUCUAUGCACGAUGAGGAUGAGGGAGAUGGUGAGGAUGAUGCAGAGGUGCAGCAGGAAUGCCUGCAAAAAUUUUCCAGCCGAGAUUACAUAAUGGAGCCACCUAUAUUCAACACACUAAAAAGAUAUUUCCAAGCAGGGGGUUCUCCGGAACACGUGAUCCAGAUGCUUUCUGAGAAUUAUACAGCAGUAGCACAGACUGUAAAUCUGUUGGCAGAGUGGCUGAUUCAGACAGGGGUUGAGCCAUCACAUGUUCAAGAGACUGUUGAAAAUCAUUUGAAGAAUUUGCUGAUCAAACACUUUGAUCCUCGGAAAGCUGAUUCCAUAUUCACAGAGGAGGGAGAGACCCCGGCCUGGUUGGAGCAGAUGAUUGCUCACGUGACUUGGAGAGACCUCUUCUACAAACUAGCGGAAGCUCACCCUGACUGUUUGAUGCUGAACUUUACUGUUAAGCUGAUCUCAGAUGCUGGAUAUCAGGGUGAGAUAACCAGUGUGUCGACAGCCUGCCAGCAGUUGGAAGUUUUUUCCCGUGUUCUCCGCACCUCGCUUGCCACACUCAUUGAUGGAGGUGAAGAACAUCUAGAGAAAAACCUGCCUGAGUUUGCAAAAAUGGUAUGUCAUGGAGAGCAUACAUACCUGUAUGCUCAGUCUAUAAUGUCUGUCUUGGCCCAGGAGGAACAAGGUGGAGCAGCUGUGCGACGAAUUGCGCAGGAAGUUCAGAGAUAUGCACAUGAGAAAGGUCAUGAUGCCAGCCAGAUCACCUUAGCGCUGGGCACUGCUGCAUCCUAUCCCCGAGCCUGCCAGGCACUCGGUGCCAUGCUAUCUAAGGGAGCUCUAAAUCCUGCCGACAUCACUGUGUUAUACAAAAUGUUCACGAGUAUGGAUCCACCUCCUGUGGAAUUGAUCAGAGUCCCUGCCUUCCUCGAUCUUUUCAUGCAAUCCCUCUUCAAACCAGGCUCUAAAAUCAACCCUGAGCAUAAACACAAGUACAUCUACAUUUUGGCCUAUGCCGCCAGUGUGGUGGAGUCAUGGAAAAAGAACAAAAGAUUUAACAUCAACAAAGAUGAGCUGAAAUCAACUUCGAAGGCCAUUGAAACAGUUCACAAUUUAUGCUGCAAUGAAAACAAAGGGGCUUCAGAGUUAGUUGCAGAACUGGGGACCCUCUAUCAAUGUAUUCGGUUCCCGGUGGUAGCAAUGGGAGUGCUGAAAUGGGUUGACUGGACUGUAUCAGAGCCCAGCUAUUUUCAGUUGCAGACUGACCAUACACCUGUUCACCUAGCGCUGCUGGAUGAGAUCAGUACCUGUCACCAGCUCCUCCAUCCCCAAGUGCUGCAGCUUCUUGUGAAAUUGUUUGAGACUGAACAUUCACAGCUUGAUGUCAUGGAGCAGCUGGAGUUGAAGAAGACCCUGCUGGACAGGAUGGUCCACCUGUUGAGUCGCGGCUAUGUCCUUCCUGUGGUCAGCUACAUUCGCAAGUGUUUGGAGAAAUUGGACACAGAUAUCUCACUCAUCAGAUACUUUGUCACAGAGGUGCUGGAUGUCAUUGCUCCUCCGUACACGUCAGACUUCGUCCACCUUUUUCUCCCAAUCUUGGAGAAUGACAGCAUUGUUGGCACAAUAAAAACAGAGGGGGAGUGUGAUGCUGUGGCAGAGUUCAUUGCACACUGCAAAUCCAAUUUCAUCAUGAUGAACUAGCACUGUGAACAAGACACAGAAAUGGUGCCAGGAGCAGCGAACAACCUCAUCCUGACCAACAACAAGAAGAGAGAGACAUUUUGAGCAGUAAGACUGAUUGGAAAUGGUGGAAUAUCUGCAGAAUCCCUGUGGCACUUGGCCAUGCUAUAAAGCUGAUACAGGAAUUAUUGAAUGAGAGCCAUUAGCAAUCUGCAAGAAAAAUAAUGUAUUUAUAUAUUUUUACAUAAUUAACAGUUAAAGAAGAAAUGUAGAAACAUCUUUUGUGUUUUUUUUCCUUAAAAUGGGUCUCAAAAUUUUACAGUAUUUGGAAGUGGUGUGGUCAAAAUAAAUAUUUGGGUCGGCCUUGUUUUCAUGAAUGACUUUACUUAAAGUUUUUAUUUGUAUGUGUUGUUUUUCAUGUUUUUUCUCAUGUUCAGUUUGGGCUGCUAAUACAGACUGUUCUUCCAAUGUCCCAAACGAACAAUAACAGAAUACUGGUUGUGCAACUUCACUAUAAUUGUCCUCCAGUACAAAAAACAUUAGAGCCCAUUAGCAGCAUCCACUAUAACAGGAAUUCUGACACCAGAGGUAAAGGUAUCUCCGGGCAGCAUGGUAGCUCAGUGGUUAACACUAAUGUCUCACAGCACCAGAGUCCCGUGUUUGAUACCACCCUUGGGCGUCUGUCUGUGUGAAGUUUGCACAUUCUCCCUGUGUCUGCUUGGGUUUCCUCCAAGUGCUCUGGUUUCCUCCCACAUUCCAAAGAUGUGCAGAAUAGGUAGAUUGGCCAUGCUAAAUUGCCUGUGGUGUCCAGGCAUGUGCAGACUGUGAUGUGGCCAUGGGAAAAGCAGGGUUGCAGGACUAGGGAGGGCAGGUUGGGUAGAUCUGGGUGGGAUGCCCUUCGGAGGGUCACUGUGGGUUUUGGGCUGAAAGCCUGCUCCCACACUCUAGGGAUUCUAUGAUAUAUGAUUCUGUUACCUUUAAUAUCUCAUUUGCAGGCCCUAAACAUUUCCAGUCUGAUUACAUUAAUAUGAAAAAACCCUAGAAAAAUGUUAAGCCAAGAAAAGGCUGAGCUGUCUUUUUAUUGCUGAGAUUAAAACAAAUUUGUACGUCAUGUAAUUUUAGAAUCAUAUUAACUAGGAGCAGGAAUAGGCAAGUCUGCCCCUUGAGCCUGCUUUACCGUGUAAUAUGAACAUGGCCGAUACAACCCCAUUUUUUUCUCCUGCCUGCUCUUCAUAACCCUUCAACCUAUUACUAAUUUAAAAAUCUCUCUAUCUCCUCCUCAAAUUUACUCAAUGUCCCAGCACACACGACCCUCUGGAGUAGUAAACCAUAGAUUUAUGACUCCUUGGGAGAAACAAUUUCACCUCAUCUCUGUUUUAAAUCUGAUACCUCUAAUCCUAAACCAAUGACCCCUCUCAUUCUAGAUUGCCCUACAUGAGGAAGCAUUCUGUUUACAUGUACAUUUCAGCCCCCAUUAGCAUCCUAUGUACUGCAAUUGGAUCUCCUCUCAUUCUUCUAAACAUUAGAGAGGAUUCAGAGUACAGGCCUAAACUGCUCAAUCUCCGUUCAGAAAACAAGCCCCUCAUCUCUGGAAUCAAUCUGGAACCUCUGAAUUCCCUUCCAAUUCAACAACAUUGCUUGUCAAGUAAGGGAACUGAAACUGGACGCCAGACUAAUUAAUGCCUUGAACAGAUGAAUACCUCUGUACUUUUCUUCUCCAUUUCUUUAGCAGUAAAUGCUAAAAUUCCAUUUGCUUUCCUUGUUACUGCUGUACCUGCUUACUAGUUUUCUGUGAUUCAUGCAUGAGGACACCAUAUCCCUCUGCACUGAAGCACUCUGAAAUUUCUCUCUAUGUGACCUUUAUCUCUCUGACCAAAUUGGAUAACCUCACACUUAUCCAUGUUAAACAUCGUCUGCAGUUUUGGUCCAUUCACCUAAUGUUUGCAUAUCCAUUGGCAAAUUUCUUGUUUCUUAAUUAUAACGUCCUCGCCCACCUAUUUUAGUGACAUCUGCAAACCUGGCUAUAGUACUUCCUGUUGCUACAUCCGAGUCAUUAAUAUAGAUUGUAAAUAGUUGGGGCCUUAAGGACUUAACCCUAGAUAUGUCUUGUCAAUUAGUAAAAGACCCAUUUGUCCUGACUAUCUGCUAUCUGUUGGUUAGUCAAUCUUCUAUUCAAGCUAAUAAAUUACGCCUAACUCCAUGUGAUCUUGCCUUGUGUUUUAACUUUCUGUGCAGCAUCUUGUAAAAUACUUUCUGGAAGUUCAGAUAUAAAACAUCUAAAGGAUCUGCAUUAUUCAUUUUGCUUGCUGUACCUUCAAGUAACUAGCGAACUGGUCAAAUAUGAUACAUCCUUUAUAAAACUGCUGACUCUUGACUGUAUUUUGACUUUUCACAGGUUUUGUUGUUACUUCCUUGAUGAUAGAUUUUAACACUUGCUCAGUGACAAUGUAAAACUAACUGGCCUGUAGUUUCCUAUUUUCUGCCUCUCCCCCUUUUUGAAUAAGGUUGUUAUGGUAACAUUUUUCCAAUUCACUGGACCCUUUCUUGUAUCCAGGGAAUUUUGGAAUAUUAUAACCAAUAGAUCCACUGUUUCUGCUGCCACUGCCUUUACAAUCCUAGGAUGUAGCCUAUCAGGCCUUGGGGACUUUUUUGCCUUCAAUUCCAAUAGUUUACUCGGUCCUUUUUCUCUACUGAUGAUUGUUCCAGGUACCUCCAUUUCUGUAACCUCUGCAUUAUUUGUUAACUGCCGGAAUAAUACUUGUGUCCUCCGCUGUGAAAACUGAAGCAAAAUAUUGAUUUAGUGACCUACCACUUCAGUGUUCCCAACUAUUAACUCCAUAGUCUCUUCCUCCAAAGAGUCAACAUUCACUUUAGCUACUCCCUUCCCUUAACUAUACUUACAAAAGCUUUUGUUAGCUGUUUGUAAUUUUGCAGUAGUUUUCUUUCAUAAUUUAUCUUUGCUCUUUUUUGUGACAUUUUUAAUAACCCUUUGUUGAUGUUUAAGAGUUUCACAGUCUUCCAGUUUGCCAUUCACCUUUGCAAUGUAUGCCUUAGUUUUUGUCUUAUUUAACUUCCUCACUUAGCCAUAGAUGUUUACUUCCCUCUUUUGAAUCUUUCUUUCUCUGUAGAAUGUGUUUAGCUUAGAACUGAGUAUCUCCUUAAACAACUGCCACUGCUCAUCAACUAUCCUACCUUUUAGUCUUCCUGCUCAAUCGACUAUGGCUAGAUCUGUUCUCAUGUCUAUGUAAUUACUUUUGUUUAACUUCAGAAUCUUAAUUUGGGACUCCAGUUUCUUCCUCUCUAACUGAAUGUGAAAUUCUAGUAUGCUACAACCAGUCUCCACUAGACGAUCCUUUACUAUGAGAUCAUAAAUUAAUCCCAGCUCAUUACACCAUGCCAAAUGCUGAACAGCUUGUUCGCUGGUUGGUUCCCCAACAUAUUCCACCAAGAAAAAAAAUAUUGUACUUACCCUUGCCACUUUGAUUAUUUUAGUCUAUAUGCAUAUUAAAAUCCCCAAUUAUUAUCGCUGCACCUUCCUUAACAAUCCCCAGUAUUGCUUGAAAUAUAGUGUGCCACACUGCAGGACAGCUGUUAAGGGACCUAUUGUUUACUCUUACCAGAGAAUUCUUUCCUUUGCUGUUUAUUUCUACUCAUCAUCAUUCAGCUGUGAUUUAUCUUAUUUAAUCAAUGAGCUGUGGGCUAGCAUUAGCUAGCAUUAAUCCCAGAAGGUGGUUAAAAAUAUAGUGGUGUUGAGUCACAUAAAGGCCAGACCAGGUAAAAGUGAAAGAUUUUCUGCCCUAAGGACAAAAGUGAGCUAAUUUGUUUUUACAACAGUGCUUACGUGAUCACCAUCAGAUGAGUUUUUUUCCUCCAGAAUUUGUUUCAAAUAGAAUUCUGAUUUUGCUGUCUAUCAUGGUGGGAUUUGAACUGUUGUUCACAGAACAUGAGCAUGGGGCUCUGGAUUACUCAUCCAUUGAUGUCACUACAAUAUCAUUACCUGUGGGCCAGGAUGAUGCAGAUGGAGCAGUUUGGGAGAUUGAGUGAUAACCAUGCUCAGGGAAUCACUCUUUGUCAGGGUCUUGCUAAUAUUUAUGUUCUCCCAACUUUGACAUAAGUCCCCGAAUGUUACUGAGGAGGAGAUUGCAAAGUUGACUGGAUUUAUUAUGCUCGUAUCGUGUCUAAAAGACAUGUCAAAAGAGUGGUCUUUCAGCUUUAUGUUUUUCGUAAAUAUAUGGCAAAACUAAUGCAACUCAUCAGUUAGGAAGUUAGUCCAUGCCAGUCUGCUUAAUCUAGAAAAUAACACACAGAUAAUAACUUAAUGUAGAAGCAUCUCUAAAGCUUAGAAGAUGAACAACAGCCAGGACCACCGUAACCUACUACUCAAAGAUUCUUUGUAUGAUCAUUAAAGGUGAGCCUGUAUAGUGGAAGCACACAGUGACAUACUAAAUAUAGACCAAAAUAAGCAAAAUUCACAUGUAAUUCUCUAUUUUGAUGCGGUAUUAUUAGGUGAAGCCCAGCUAAUUGUGGCAUGUUGUGCAACUUAUAGUCCUGAUGAUUUAGAUUUUGUUGAUGGUUGUAUAAGAAACCAUUAAGCUUAAUGGCACUGCUACCUCCAUUGCAGUUCGAGUUAAUAAUCCAGUUCCAUUGAUACGUAAUAUUUUCAAUUGACUUAUUCUGUAUCCUAUCUGGUAGAUAGUAGUUAGGUUGAAUUACACUCUGGUCUUUCUGCUGAUUUGAUUUGACUGGGUCAACAAUUGCCAUCUUAGGUUCAGCUUACCUUUGACAUCUAUAGCAAGGUUUCUCAAACUGGGCAUCAUUAGAGAUUAGAUGUUGGGAUCGGGGACUCUGAAGCACAAAUGGCUGCUGGAGAGCUCUGAUUGAUAGUAACAGCUGUGUGAACCCUUUAAUACGCUCUCGUUUUUCAUAACAGAGGGGGUAACGUUGACGGACUGCUCCUUCCUGCUGUAUGACAACGUAAAAGAUAGGUGUUCAUUUAGCCUGAUUUUUCAUCAUCUUGCUCAAAGGGUAGAUGAGGAAAACGUUGGAGGAAUUUUAGGAAAGGUGGUGAAAGGCUGGAGAGGUGGGAGGCAGUGUCAUGAGAGAGCGGUGAAGGGAGAGUGAGAGGGGUUAAGAUGAGGGAGUGGUGAAAGGAGAGAGAAGAGCAAAGUGAGCACCACCCAUUCCAAUCAAACUGUUCAUGCUGCCAAAUUUUCAUCCUGGAUCUCUGAGGAUUGAAAAUGGGAUCACACACAAAGGUUUGGAAAACAGUGGUCUAGAGUAAAUCAACAAGACAAUGGAUAAAUUCACUUGAAGUAGAUCCUAGAGUACUGUCUCAGUUCAUAUACUUUAGGAAGUAUUCAGCUAAUUCUAUUUACAAACCAAAUGUGGUGAUUAUUCCAAAUGAUAUUUCUGUUGAACUGGGACCUUUUGUGAGAAGAUGUUGUCUGUUUUAUACGUGUCUUCGACUUGAGUGCAAAAUAA